ACAACGAAGUUAACAACGAAGCUUAUUGCUUAAGCUGAUUUUUCCGUUUCUCCUUUCUCCCCUGCUCUGUUGUAUACUUGUAUGUGAACUGUAAAUUGCCGCCAUUAAUCCGAUUUUCGUUCUUCAUCUGGACCCUAACCUUAAUGGUGUAUCGAUAAUUCACCAUUUUCAGGCUCAAGAUCAUAGCUAUAUAUGGAGAGCCAAAUGCGAUCGCGCUUCUAUGAAGUCCGAUUCAAGUAGGAUUUUCGAGAUUCUGCGAAUCGAGGAUCAAUGUCUUGGGGUCUGGGAUGGAAGCGGCCCUCGGAGAUUUUCCGUCUCUCGCUCAAUUACGGGACCGAGGACUUUGGUGACGAUCUUAACCGCUCAUCGUCCGCCUCAUCAUUUUCUUCAUCUUCAUCGUCAUCUAUUGGGCCAUAUACGCCGCAGGAUCAGGAAUUAGGGUUUCGAAUUGAAUUGGAUUGGACGGCUGGCGAUGACGAGGACCAAAUAGCGCUGCGGCUGCAGUCGCAGCUGAUGGUGGCGUUGCCUUUGCCGCAAGAUGCAGUGGAGGUGGAGCUGAGGGGCGAUGAAGAGGAAAAUGUAGGGGUGGAGAUGAGGGUGUUGAAAAGGAGAGAGCCAUUGAGGGGGCUGAUAAUGGCAAAGGCUGCUGGGUCGGGGCAGCAGAGUGACGGUGUUGGGGUUUUGACACGCCUCUUGCGGUCGAAUAUUGUUGGGGAAAGUGGGACUGUGGUUGCGGGUCCGGGAUGUGGUGAGCACUGGAGGAGCAUCACAAUGAUCAGCCUAUAUGCCUGUGGAUUGUCGGCAUUGCCAGUUGACCUGACUAAACUGCCCCUUCUUGAGAAGCUAUAUCUUGAUAACAAUAAGCUAUCAGUUUUGCCACCUGAGCUUGGUGAGCUGAAAAACUUGAAGGUUCUGAGUGUUGACAAUAACAUACUGGUUUCAGUUCCUGUAGAACUGAGACAGUGCAUUGAACUUGAGGAAUUGUCUUUGGAACACAACAAGCUUGUCCGACCUCUUCUUGAUUUCAGGGCUAUGGCUGAGUUACAAAUUCUUAGACUCUUUGGCAAUCCUCUUGAAUUUCUUCCCGAAAUUUUACCGCUACAGAAACUCCGCCAUUUGUCUCUUGCUAACAUCAGGAUUGUAGCUGAUGAAAAUUUAAGAUCAGUGAAUGUCCAAAUAGAGACAGAGAACAGCUCUUAUUUUGGUGCAUCGAGACACAAGCUGAGUGCCUUCUUUUCUCUUAUAUUCCGCUUCUCUUCUUGUCAUCACCCAUUACUGGCUUCUGCACUGGCGAAGAUUAUGCAAGACCAAGGAAAUCGUGCUGUUGUUGGUAAAGAUGAGAAUGCCAUUCGGCAGCUUAUAAGUAUGAUAAGCAGUGACAACCGUCAUGUCGUUGAACAAGCAUGCUUUGCUCUCUCCUCUCUCGCUGGUGAAAUUUCUGUGGCAUUGCAGCUGAUGAAAUGUGACAUCUUGCAACCCAUUGAAACAGCGCUGAAAUCUGACACACCAGAAGUAGUCAUGUCAGUGUUGCAAGUUGUGGGCACUUUGGCCUUUGCCUCUGAUACUGUGGCUCAGAAGAUGUUGAGCAAAGAUUUGUUGAGAUCAUUAAAGCUGUUAUGCGGCCAUAAAAACCCAGAAGUUCAAAGAUUAGCUUUAUUUGCAGUUGGGAAUUUGGCCUUUUGUUUAGAGAACCGCCGUGUUCUGGUUACUUCUGAAAGUCUGCGGGAACUUCUGUUGCGCUUGAUGGUUGCACAUGAACCGCGCGUGAAUAAGGCUGCAGCUCGUGCCUUAGCUAUUCUUGGAGAAAAUGAAAGUUUACGGCGGGCUAUAAGAGGUAGACCAGUUGCAAAGCAAGGAUUGCGCAUACUCUCAAUGGAUGGUGGAGGCAUGAAAGGCCUUGCAACUGUGCAGAUUCUUAAAGCGAUUGAGAAGGGAACUGGAAAGCGAAUACAUGAGUUGUUCGACCUCAUAUGCGGCACAUCAACAGGAGGCAUGCUUGCAGUUGCUCUUGGCAUUAAGCUAAUGUCCUUGGAUCAAUGUGAAGAGAUAUACAAAAAUCUUGGAAAACUGGUCUUUGCUGAACCUGUGCCCAAAGACAAUGAAGCUGCAACUUGGAGAGAAAAGUUGGAUCAGCUGUAUAAAAGCUCGUCACAGAGUUUUCGAGUUGUUGUCCAUGGAUCUAAGCACAGUGCAGAUCAAUUUCAAAGGUUGUUGAAGGAAAUGUGUGCUGAUGAAGAUGGGGACCUGUUAAUAGAGUCGGCUGUUAAAAACAUUCCCAAGGUAUUUGUUGUAUCAACUUUGGUGAGCGUGACGCCAGCUCAGCCUUUCAUAUUCCGUAAUUAUCAGUAUCCUGCUGGUAGUCCAGAAGUGCCGUAUACGAUUUCAGAGAGCUCAGGAGUCAAUGUGUUAGGUUUGCCUACCACUGGUGCUCAAGUUGGCUAUAAACGUAGUGCUUUUAUUGGAAGUUGUAAGCAUCAUGUUUGGCAAGCCAUUAGAGCAUCAUCCGCUGCUCCAUAUUAUCUUGAUGACUACUCAGAUGAUGUAAACCGCUGGCAAGAUGGUGCAAUAGUGGCAAACAAUCCUACUAUUUUUGCCAUGCGAGAAGCACAACUUCUAUGGCCCGACACUAAAGUUGACUGCUUAGUUUCCAUUGGAUGUGGUUCCAUGCCAACAAAGGUUCGGAAAGGUGGUUGGCGUUAUCUAGACACUGGGCAGGUGUUGAUUGAGAGUGCAUGCUCUGUGGACAGGGUGGAGGAAGCCUUGAGCACAUUGCUGGCUAUGCUUCCUGAUAUACAUUAUUUUCGUUUUAAUCCAGUUGACGAACGUUGUGAUAUGGAGCUAGAUGAGACUGAUCCAGCUAUAUGGCUGAAGUUGGAAGCUGCAGUUGAUGAAUAUAUCCAAAACAAUUCUCCAGCCUUAAAGAACGCCUGUGAGAGACUAAUGUUACCUUACCAACUUGAUGAGAAAUGGUUGGACAAUACGAAGGCUCAACAUUUCCCCAAGGCUAAAAUAUCAAAUGCAGAUGAGAACAGUCCCUCUUUAGGUUGGAGGCGCAAUGUGACACUUGUUGAAGCUGUUCAUAGUCCUCACUCUGGAAGAGCUGUGCACCAUGCUAGGGCACUUGAGUCAUUCUGUGAUCGCCAUGGCAUAAGGUUAUCUACUAUGAAUGGGAUAUCUGGAAAUGUGCAAACUGUGUCAUCAACAGCAUUCUCGACACCUUUUGCCUCCCCUCUUAUUACUGGAAGCUUUCCUUCAAGCCCUCUUAUCUAUAGUCCUGAUUUUGGACCACAGAGGUCUGGUCGUAUUGACAUGGUCCCACCUUUAAGUUUGGAUGGAAAGAUGGCUGCAUCGCCUCCAAUGUCUCCUUCAGGUCCCAGACAGCUCUCUUUACAUGUCCAAUCAUUGCAUGAGAAGUUGCAGAACUCACCUCAAGUGGGGAUUAUACAUUUGGCCCUUCAAAAUGACUCCUGUGGCUCAAUCUUAAGUUGGCAGAAUGAUGUAUUUGUUGUUGCUGAACCGGGAGAACUUGCAGACAAGUUUCUACAAAGUGUCAAACUUAGCUUAUUGUCAAUAAUGCGGAGCCACCACAGGAAGGGUGCAUCAGUAUUUGCCAACAUCACAACGGUUUCUGAUCUGGUUCGCUGUAGGCCAUACUUUCAGGUUGGGAACAUUGUCCACCGUUAUAUGGGACGCCAGACCCAAGUUCUGGAAGAUGAUCAAGAAAUCGCAGCAUAUAUGUUUCGUAGAACAGUGCCUUCUAUGCAUUUAACUCCUGAUGAUGUUCGCUGGAUGGUUGGAGCUUGGAGGGACAGGAUUAUAAUUUGCACAGGAACAGAUGGGCCUGCACCAUCUUUGGUUAAGGCAUUUUUGGACUCAGGCGCAAAAGCUGUAAUAUGCCCUUCAGCAGAACCUCGAGAGACAGAACUGACAGUACUCCAAGGAGCAGGAGAGUUCAAUGGGUUGGAAAAUGGAAGGUUUGAGAUUGGGGAGGAAGAAGCAGAAAAUGAAGAGAAUGUAGAGGAGGAACGUGGCAAUCCAGUGAGUGACUGGGAAGACAGUGACCGUGACGAGAAAGGGGAACUUUCUAUGGGGUUUUGGGAGGAUGAUGAGGAGGAACUGUCCCAGUUUAUCUGUCAAUUGUAUGAUUCAUUGUUUCGGGAGGCCAUGACAGUAGAUCUCGCUCUACAAAAUGCUCUUGCUUCACAUAGGAAGCUGAGGUAUUCUUGCCAUCUUCCCAGUAUGCAAUAGUUUGUCCAAUUACUAUAUACAAGAACAGAGUUUUGAAAAUUGAAUUGAUCAAAAAAUAUAACUGAGAGAAUGUAAAGAAAGGGAUUAAGAACAUAGUUGAGUGCAUGGUACCAUGCAAAUACUGGAACAUCCAAUUUUGAGGCUUACAAAAAAUGAAAGUGUAUUAGAUCUUCUCUCAUGAUCAAGUAAUAAAUUUAUUGAAUAAUAAAAGAAAUAGAUGGAACAUUUUUAUUCUUCA